AUGAGGACACGCUGGAGGGACUAUGUCUCUCGGCUGGCCUGGGAACGCCUCGGAAUUCCCCCGGAAGAGCUGGAGGAAGUGUCGGGGGAGAGGGAAAGCUAUAUACCAAAGGACAAGUCUCAGAGGAAACGUUUAGCACUGCUGAUCACCAACAUAAAAUUCAGUGUUAAAGAGUACAACAGGGACGGAGCAGAGAGAGACGAGGAGAACAUGAAGUGGCUGCUGGAAGCUUUGGGUUACAGAGUUGAGAAAUACACAAACCUCACUGGACAGGUGCAUGCUGCAGUCAGGAACUUCGCUGCAUCUCCUGACCAUCAAGACUCGGACAGCACCUUCGUGGUUAUAAUGUCUCACGGGAACAUAAUUGAAAAUAAAGAUGCCAUUUUAGGUGUCAACUAUCAUCACCAGCAGAAUCCCAAAGAUUACUUCUUUGUUGAUGACAUCUUCAACCAUCUGAACUCAGUGAAAUGUCAUGAUCUGAUUGACAAACCAAAGGUUAUUCUGAUCCAAGCCUGCAGAGGAGCUCACACAGGAGGUGUGGAAAUACAAUCAGAUGCCAUUGUGCACAUAGAGAAAGACUUCAUCAGUUUUAAGUCCACCCUCCCAGGUACCAGCGCAUACAGGCAUCGUGACACUGAACGUUUUUUCAUCAUGUACAUCGUGGAGGUGUUCUGUAAAUGGGCUCAUGCUGAUCACGUUAUGGAGUUGUUCAGGAAGGUAAAUGUUAAAAAUCCCAUUUAAAUUGCUUUGCUUUAUUCCAGCCCAAAGUCAAAACAAUCUCUUGCAGUUUUUUUCUCACCCUCAGUGCAUUGCUCCGCUAAAAUAAAUACAGCAGUUUGCUUCUCGUCACAUUUAAACAUGAUCUUUUUAUUAUAGGCAAAUGAGGCAUCAUCUAAAUAAAUAUGCAUGGAUUUGAAUACAUUUCCACACCAGAAAUCUGAACAUUGAAAAUGAUUUUGAGAUUUGUAUUGUAACUGAAAUCUACAAAAGGAAUAGAUACAGUGUAAUAAAAAAAAAUCUAAAUAGACCAAAUUCUCAAGUUUGACCAGUGAACAACAAAACUGGUGACUGUUAGUUUCUUGCCUUAAAUCAAGUUAAAGAUGGUCCUUUUAUGCAAAAAUGGAUUCUAAAUAUAUACCUGCAGUAUACUGUAUGCUAUUAUCAUUUAUAUACAUUCAUUUUUCUUGGAUCUUGGAUGCCCUGGGGUAAGCAGAUAAACAUCAAAUUUUCAUUUUUGGGUGAACUAUCCCUUUAAUCACAUUUUCGCAUAUACUUUGCAAUUGCCAUAUUAUUAUGUUAACCAUUUAACUGCUAAGAUGUUCAUUUAACUGCUAAGACGUUAUGUUAACCAUUUAACUGCUAAGACAUUACUUUGCAAUUGCCAUAUUAUUAUGUUAACCAUUUAACUGCUAAGACGUUUUUGCCAUCCAAAAUGUGCACUUCUUCCAUCAGAUAGCACAUUAUAAGAAUGUUUUUCAGAUAACUUUGAUAAAAGUGCAAAUUAAUCAA